CCAGACUAGAAGCAGGCUAUCCCCAGAUGGAGAUCUUGUCUGCAGAAAUGCAGCGGGCGUGGCUUCGACGCCCCCAGUCCUCGCCUGUCUCCCCGCGUCAUUCUCCUCACCACACCAUCGGUAUUCCCUCACUUGGCGGAGCAUGGGCAUGGUAUGAGACUCGCGUGCUGAAGUUCGAGCACGUUGUAUAAGACGGCCUCAAGGCCACCCAAAAGCGAGGAUCAUCAGCAAGUUUAGGAUCCGACUCCACAGUCCCAGAUCAAGCCCUGAACAAGAGGUCUUAGUUGACUUUAAGUCGCUCCUCUCCUUUUCUUGGACAACCUUCGAACCGACUUCAACAACGCCAUCGCCACCAUGUCUCGUCGCAACAGCAGCGUUGUCGCCGUUGAUGUCGACCAACAGCGCAAACUCUCGGUCGCAAUGCCUGAUCACAAGCAGGUCAACCACGAUGCCAGCAGGGCCACAGAGAUGGAGCGCAACAUGUCUCUGCGCGAGGGUAUCAAGCUUUACCCCAAGGCCGUUGCUUGGUCCGUCUUGCUCUCCACGGCUAUUAUCAUGGAAGGUUUCGACAAAGUCCUCAUUGGCUCUCUCUUCGCCGCUCCCGCCUUCAAGCAACGAUAUGGUUCUCAGCUUCCCGACGGAUCUUGGGAAAUCACUGCAGCAUGGCAAUCCGGUCUCACCAACGGUGCCUUCGUUGGUGAAUUUUUCGGUCUUCUUCUUAACGGUUACAUUGCGGAUCGAUUCGGUUACAGGAAGACCAUGAUGGGUGCGCUGUUCGCCGUCAACCUCUUCAUCUUCAUUGUCUUCUUCGCUCAGAACAUUGAGAUGCUCCUCGUUGGUCUUAUCUGCUGCGGUGUCCCAUGGGGUGUCUUCCAGACCCUGAGCUGCACGUAUGCCGCUGAGGUUACUCCCGUUCCUCUGCGUCCCAUUCUCACCACCUACGUCAACCUCUGCUGGGUCAUUGGCCAAUUCCUCGCUUCUGGUGUCCUCAAGGGCGUUGCGCUUCGUCCCGACCAGUGGGCUUACCGCAUUCCCUAUGCUCUGCAGUGGCUUUGGCCCACUCCCAUCCUCAUCGGCAUUUACUUCGCUCCCGAAUCUCCCUGGUGGCUCGUUCGUAAGGGCCGGGAUGAGGCCGCCAAGUUCAUGCUGCAACGCCUCACCUCCGCUGACAAGCACCCCGACUUCAACGCCGACGAGACCAUUGCUAUGAUGCGGCAUACCAACGAGCUCGAGAAGGCUGUCUCUGAGGGUACUUCUUACUUGGACUGCUUCCGUGGAACCGAUCUCCGCCGCACUGAAAUCGCUGCCAUGACAUGGUUCACCCAGGCUUUCUGCGGUGCCGCUCUCAUCGGAAACUCGACAUACUUCUUCGUUCAGGCCGGUCUUGACGAGUCAAACUCCUUCUCCAUGUCCCUCGGUCAGUACGCUAUCGGUGCCGUCGGUGUACUCAUCGCCUGGGCUCUCAUUCCUCGCGUCGGACGUCGCACGCUCUACGUCUUCGGUGAUCUGGCUAUGGUUGUCAUCCUUUGCGUCAUCGGAGUGUGCGGUAUUCUCCCCAAGGGCAACACUGGCGCUCAGUGGGCCAUCGGCGCUCUCCUCCUUACAUUCGCCUGCGUCUACAACAUCACCGUCGGACCCGUCUGCUACGCCAUCGUCGCCGAGAUCCCCUCCACUCGUCUCCGCCAGAAGACUGUCGUCUUGGCCCGUAACUUCUACAACAUUGCGUCCUGCGUCGGCAACGUCCUGACUCCCCGCAUGUUGAACCCUGGCGCAUGGAACUGGGGCGCUAAGACUGGUUUCUUCUAUGCCGGCACCUGCUUCCUUUGCUUUGUCUGGGCCUUUUUCCGCCUCCCCGAGCCCAAGGGCCGCACCUACGCCGAACUCGAUAUCCUCUUCGAGAAGAAGGUGCCUGCACGUCACUUUAAGCGCACCGUUGUCGACAGCUUCCACGGCGACGGCGAUUCUGGUUCCGACUAUGGUGUCGAGAAGAAUGGCGCUCACGCAUACCUUGAGGCUGUCAACUCCAAGGAUAUGGCAUAAAUGCCGAGUUGUGGAGUAGGCCAAAGGUGUGAGGAGAAGGAAUAUGGAGAGGAAAUGAUACCAAAGAAUGUGUGAACGACCUGUUACGCUUUACGCAAUAUUGUUGUAUUUUAUAGCGCAUUGUAUAGAUCUCUUAGCAAACAUCAGUUC